AUGGCUUCAGCAAUGGAUGAAUCAAGUGGCUCCGGUGAAAAUAGAUAUGUACUACCUCCCGGAGAUAUAACAAGCGCGAGUAAUAUUCAAAUCUAUCUCCGCAUGCGACCCAUGGUGGGCAGCUGUAAGUGGCAUCGCGUCGCUGGAAAGGACGGACGAACUUUUAUCACCAAUCUCCCAAGGGAUGACGAAGCUCCGCUAAACAAUUCAAAAGCAGAGUAUAAGUUUCGUUUCGAUGGUAUCUUCGAUCAGGAUGCAACGCAGGAAGAUGUCUUUCAGGGUGCGGCACUCCCCGUAGUCGAUGAUGCGCUUCGCGGCAUCAACGGUACAAUCUUUGCCUACGGGCAAACCGGAACGGGUAAAACAUACACAAUCACUGGUGGAGCCGAAGCAUAUGAACUGCGGGGUAUCAUACCCCGGGCACUCGCUAGAGUAUUUGAAUUUUCUUCGAGCUGCUCCACUGCCGAAUUUUCUCUGGCUAUCUCUUACCUUGAAAUCUAUCAGGAUCGCGGGUAUGACCUGCUGGUUAAAACAGAGACGGGAAGUAAAAACCUCGAAGACCUUAGGCGAGUAUACGCCGUGGCUGACGAUUCGGAUCAUGUAUUCCUUCGUGGACUAUCAGUGAAUCCCAUUCGUACGGAAGAAGAGGCACUCAGUCUCUUGUUUGUGGGUGAUGCGAAUCGCAUCAUUGCAGAAACUCCCCUUAAUGACUGCUCUACUCGAUCACAUUGCAUCUUUACAAUAUGGAUAGCCAGCAAAGAGCACGGAGGCCGCAGCACGAAAAAGGCAAAACUGCACCUGGUAGAUUUAGCGGGAUCUGAGCGGGUUAAGCAAUCUGGUACAAGGCCAGGCGAUUGUGUAUUCCAGGAGGCGUGUAGUAUCAACCUUAGUCUCCACUAUCUUGAACAAGUCAUUGUAGCACUACGGCAGAAAGCUGCCGGCCAGGCGACUCAUGUGCCAUACAGGAAUUCGCUGAUGACCUCGGUGCUCAAAGAUUCCUUGGGAGGAAACUGUAAGACGUGCAUGAUUGCCACGGUCGCUCUAGAGCUUUACGCGAUCAACGAAACGAUAAGCACUUGUAGAUUUGCUCAGGCAGUCUCCCAAAUCAAAAACGUUGCAGCAGUAAAUGAGGAAGAGGAAACAUCAGCGUUGAUUGAACGCCUCCAGAGAGAAAAUGAAAGGCUCCGUGGACAGUUGCAGCUGGUUGCCGCUGUGAAUGAGGAGCAAGGGGAGCUAGACGAACAAGCGAAAGAUAGGUGCAGAGAUUCUGUUGAAAGAUUUCUUCGGGCUACUGGGGAUGAUCUAGACCUACCAGUCUCAGCAGCGCGUGACCUCCGGUUGGCAGACUUCUGCUUUCGAAUAUUACGGGAUAAAUUUAACAAGAUAACACAUCAGGGUGAUGAGGGCCGGUGUAGACGUCGAGAUUGCCUAGAGGCUUUGCAAAGGUUGCAGCUCCAUGUCGAGCAGCGAGAUGCAGAAAUAGCAUUAUUGCUAGGGAUCAUGCACCAAAGCUCAGAAUCGUCAGCUCGCUGUCAGGCCAGUGAUCCGUUGCGAGCAAUGACGCGUGCUGCGGUGGAAGCCGCUGUCAGGGGUCCUCAGCAUGACAGUACUGCUAAUGCGGCGGGGAUGCCCUGGCUUACUGGGGCAGAAGCCAUAGCCUUGCUCAAGAAUAGGGGUCGUGCGUUUGAAAUUCUUAGGCGUAGCGCAAGGAAAACUGAAUUCCUCGAAGCUGAUUCUCAGCGCCUACAUAAUCUCUAUGCAGACGCAAAAAAACACGGUGAAGCAGCCGUAAGGGCGAAGGAGAAAAUUGCCAAAGCAAGGACAAAUUUGGAGAAGAUUCGAAUAAGAAAAUGCAUGCAGGCAACGGGGGCACCACUACUUCCAGAGGAUGAUACACCUGAAGAGACAGAGCUACUUCAAGAAGUUGCAAGUUGGCGAGAUGAAUACAUCAAAAAUACUGAUGCUCUGGGUGCUGCGAAGAGAGAACUCAAGAGAGUUCAUAUGACAAUCGAGAGAAGUAGACAGCAGCUUCAGGAGGAUUUUGAAGACUGGUUCAACGUUAUUGCUUCAAAGUACAUAGAGCGCUUAGGCUGUAGUGUGCAACAAGAAGAUUGUUGUAAGCUUGGCAGAGCCCAAAAUACCGACGGCACAGAGGGCUUUAAUCCGUGCACCUCCCACCAGAAACACGGACAUACCGUGGAAGAUCCAUACCUGGGGAACUUCACGACAAUCGCCCCACCAGCAAUUACACCUUUGCUUACCCACAGUGCUGGUUACCCAUGGGUCGUCGAUAAUACACAAAACCAGCGUUCAACAACACCACGGAUGCCCAGCUCUACCGACCGACCUUCUGAGCACACCUCAAAAGAGCCUUUGACAGCCACAGUGAUACCCAGUAAAGUACACUCUAUUUCACAGCAGAGCAACUCUUGUACUUCAGUGAUACCGAGUGACCAUCCAAUACACAGCUGUCCCAACGAAAGCCCAGACUACAGUGACGACGAUGAACCUAAAGUAGCACCUCUACCAAACCCUUGCCCUUCGGUAUUCGGGAAGAAUUCCUUGGCGCUAAAUGCUGCGUAUUCUGAACUCUCUGCCGUUAAUUGCAUUUCCCCCCCUAACUUGUCAGAGGUCCUUCAAACCCGAACCCAUGUGGCCGGAGUAAUCUACACCGGCAACCCCUCGGCGGAUGCCGACAUAAAAGCUUUUUACGAGGCCUUCAGACCCGGAACUUGA